AUGGAUCAACACCCUCAAAAACGAGGUCCAAGCGGGCCCACAACAUCGAAAAAAGCACAUUCUUCAGCUGCUAAAAAUCCUCCCACCUGCAGCCGAACCGUUUGCAGCGAAAGAAGAACGAAUGUACAAAUCACAAGAGCUGGCAGCUCAGAUAAACCCAAAUUUGCAAACACUUCUUUUCGCUCUUCAGUUGGAAAUGAUGUUACUCGGAAGCCAUUGAAAAGUAGUCCCAUCACUAAAACAAGUGCAAAUAAGCCAUGCCUUGAUUCCAAGCGAGUACUGAGUUCUCAGGCAAAAUUUGAGCUGUCAGAAAGUAGUGCAUCGUCGAGUGUGAGACCUAGAAUAAUCUCUCAUCGUAAUAAAUCUCAAUUGAACAACCAAAACAGCCCGCCAGCUCGUUCAGUUCCGUUGGCUUCUAGAACCUCUGCCUCAGGGUCAUCUAAUCCGAUGGUGAGAAGGAGAAGUUUUGAAAGAGAAAGUGGCUCAUCUAGCAGAGAGAGAAAGGUUACGCACACGCCAUCCAUGAGUAGGCCAAUUAUUAAAUCACAGUCGAUGGCGAAGAGCGUCCCUGAGUUCCAAAAUAGAAGAAACGACUCGUCUGUGAGGGAACGUGCUGUUGUUACAUCCGAAUUACCCAAUAGCGAAUUACAGCCGAGUGUUGGCAGUAGGAGUACUUCAUUGAGUUUUUCCACAAGUGGCUCCAGAUCUUCUGACUCAGUGGAUUUCACCUCUGAAGAACAUGGAUUUACACAAUUGAUGGAUGAUGACAUGUUGCGUGGCUAUAACAUGGUUGGAGUUGCUGAGAUGCUGUUUGCUCUCGAGAGGAUUGAACAAGACCAAGAGAUGACACAUGAAGAAUUGCUUGCACUGGAGACCAGUUUGUUUCUUGGCAGCCUCAGCCUCUAUGACAGGCAUCGAGAUAUGAGACUCGAUAUUGAUAGCAUGUCAUAUGAGGAGGAGUACGUGGAUGGAGAUGAGAUGGGGAGUUUGGUCGAAUGCCAACACGGCUUUCACAUGAUGUGCAUAAACCAGUGGCUGAAGCUCAAGAAUUGGUGCCCCGUAUGCAAGACCUCAGCAGGCCCAUCACAAACAUCUUCAUCUUGA